AACACAUCGAUAGGGGCGUGGACGGGAAGCCUGCGAAUAUUUCCAACAAAAAAAAGAGUCAAAAUUUUGGUUAAAAAUAGAAGCAACGUUGUGCUUUAGGUGGAAUUAUUCUUGUAUGCGUGAAAGUGGUGCGAAGAGAACUUUAUUCUUUCGGUAAAAUGGGAAACUGCCACACCGUCGGACCAAACGAGGCCCUUGUAGUUUCAGGUGGCUGCUGUGGUUCAGACCAAAAGACAUAUGUGGUUGGGGGAUGGUCAUGGGCCUGGUGGCUCAUCUCUGACAUCCAGAGGAUAACGCUUGAGAUUAUGACCCUGCAGCCCAAGUGUGAGGAUGUAGAGACAGCGGAGGGUGUAGCUAUUACUGUCACAGGGGUGGCUCAGGUAAAUCACCACACUUUUUCUGGGAAUGCCAGUUCAGACUCCACUAACCUUCCAACUCAUUUCCACCCUCUUUUUUCCACUGGAAUCACCUUAGAUGUGUAUGACAAAGUGGAGUACCUGAGCUCACUGGGUAAAACUCAAACAGCUGCAGUGAAGAGGGAUGCAGACAUCGGAGUUGCAGAGGCAGAGAGGGAUGCAGGCAUUAGGGAGGCCGAGUGCAAGAGAGAAAUGAUGGAUAUUAAGUUUUUAGCAGACACAAAAAUGGCAGACUCCAAACGAGAGCUGGAAAUGCAGAAAGCCUCUUUUAACCAGGAAGUGAACACAAAGAAAGCUGAGGCUCAGCUGGCGUAUGAGCUGCAGGCUGCCAAAGAGCAGCAGAAGAUUCGUCUGGAGGAGAUAGAAAUUGAGGUUGUGCAGAGGAAGAAGCAGAUCACUAUUGAGGAGAAGGAAAUUGAUCGUACUGACAAAGAGCUCAUUGCUAUUGUGAAAAGACCUGCCGAGGCUGAAGCCUACAAGAUGCAGCAGCUGGCUGAGGGACACAAGACAAAGAGGGUGCUCACGGCCCAAGCAGAAGCUGAGAAGAUCCGCUGUAUUGGUGAAGCUGAGGCCUCUUCCAUUGAAGCUGUGGGAAAGGCAGAGGCUGAGAAGAUGAAGUUGAAAGCUGAAGCCUAUCAGCAGUAUGGAGAGGCUGCAAAGACUGCUCUGGUGCUGGAGGCUCUGCCGAAGAUUGCUGGUAAAGUGGCCGCACCCCUGUCUAAGACCAAUGAGAUUAUCAUCCUGAGUGGAGACAGCAACCGCGUGACUGGAGAAGUGAACCGUCUGUUAGCUGAGCUUCCCGUCUCCGUCAAUGCCCUCACUGGAGUGGAUCUGACUAAGAUCCCUCUGCUCCAGAAGAUGACCUCCUCACUGUGCCAAGAAGCCAUCUGAUUAAUCAGGCCAGAGACUCAUCACUCCGAAUCCUUCAACUUGUAUCUGCCUCAAGCAUGAAAACAGUUUUAUAUGUCUCUGUCCCCCUUUAUCCCCCUCCUCCCCCCCUUUAUGCAACUGCCUUUGACCACGAGUACUUGACACAAAACACAAUUGUUUUAUGUUAGCAAAGUUUUUUAAAUUGCCAACAUGUUGAAAGCUGGAGCCUUGUAACGAAUCAGUUUGUGCGAUGUUGCGUUGUUUUACCUUCCCGUUUUACACGCGUUGAUUCUAAAUCGCACUGCAGUACUUUGGCCAUGGUUACAUUCUGCAGUCAUGUUCACCCUUACCGAAACUCCAACUGUAAUUCUGUUAUUCUGGAGGGGCUGCUGGGUCUGUUGUUUUUGCAGAAGGACAGUCCCAGUCAUUAGGUGAAUGGGAACACACCAGCUAUAAUGCCUGCCAUUAUAGGCUCAGGCCAAUGAGUAGCCAACCAUCAUCAACAGGGAUCAUCACACUAUACCUGGGUGAUCCAGGUUAAUAGCGAACGCACACAUGAUUUUAUAUAUAUACACACACACACACACAAAUAUAUGUGUAUAUAU